CCAUCUUCUGUGAUGUCAGACUAACAGUAUGUAUGUAGCUGUCUAAAAAAUGACAUUGUUCAUCCCUGAUAUGGCUGGUCGUCUGUUUUUGCUCAUCCUCCUUUUCGAUACCUUCCAGUUCCUCAAAGCCAAAGAUCUUCCUCAGCCCAGUCUAACAUUGAUUCCUGCAGUCAUCAAAGAGAGAGACUCAGUUCAACUAAACUGUCAGACUCCUCCAUCUGUCUCUGAGUGUUUCUUCAAAAUAGAGGGGAAAGUAGAAUUCACCCUUCCAUCACCCUGUCAACAGACACUCACAGGAACACUACUGGUGAGGUGGACAGGUCAGAGUUCACCAGCUGAGGUCAAAAUACAAUGUCAGUACAGUGCUAAAGGUUCACAGUUUAGAUCCAUAUACAGUGAGCUGUCAACAGUCACAAUUCAGGACCUUCCUCAGCUGACAGUGAGUUCUACAGUCAUCACAGAGACAGAAUCAGUUCAGCUGAGUUGUGAGACUCCUCCAUCCCUGCCUGUGUCUCACUGUUACUUCAACAUAGAGGGGGAGAAGAAUCUUCCAGACUCAUUGUGUACUCAGACAAUAACAGGAACUGAGCUGCUCAAGAGGUCUGGUCCAACAUUUCCAGCUGUGGUCAAAGUGACGUGUUACUACACUGUAUGGAAGUCUCACACAUCUCCUUUUAGUGACCCUGUCUCAGUCACUGUUCAGGAUCCAAAACCAGACAUUACAGUCAAUAUUGAUGAGGACUUCAACAUCAUCUGUUUGAUUCCUGGAUCUGUCAGUCCUGACACCACCUGUAACCUGUAUGUUGGAGAGGAGAGUCAGCCAUCCUUCACAGCACCGAUCAAGAAGAGAAAAGCCAUCUCAGCAUCCGGACAGCAGUUCUGUCAAUUCACUCCAAAACAUAGUGAUCUGAUCAGUCGUCUAAUGUCAGUGAGGCGUAAGGAGGUGAGCUGUGACUACAGAGUGAGCUCAGGACCAAACUCUCUCUCUCCACACAGUGAUGGGCACAGCUUUGCAGAUCUGGUGGGAGUUCACAUCAGCGAUCCAACAACUACACAGACACCUUCUAUAGCAGUGAGUUUGACUCCAGGUUCUAGAUCUACUUUGCCGCUCAGCACGACAGUGAGUCCUACAGAAGACACCACAGUGACACCAACUACCAGUUUGACCUCCCCUUUGACUCCUAGCAGGGCAGUGAAUCCUUCAUCAGAUCCAAUCAUUUCCUUUGCAUCAGCGUCGACUGUUUGCUGUACUUUGACCACUGACACCCCAGCGAGUCCAACUGAAAGAGGUCAAAGCUCCACAGAAAGUGAAGUGGAAUCAAACAGUCAAGAAAGCAUUCUGUUGGGGCAAUUAUGGCAGGCAGCAGUGGGUGUGGCUUCUGGAGUGGGUGUACUCCUGGUAGGAUUGACAGCUGUCUGUCUCUGCAGGAGGUCCAAGAAAACCAAUUCUCAGAGACCUACAUCCAGACAGGAUGAUCACAGACAAUAUGAUUUGGUGUCUAUGGGAGCGGUGAGCAGCGGAGUCAUGGUGGAUUCAGGAGAUGCUGGAAUCGAUUCUCAGAUCACUUCUGUACUGUCCAUGUUCAUGCCCUCAGGUCCCGUUGAUGUGGAUUCACAGGCAUUUGCAAAUGAACAUUCUGAUACGUACCACGUAUACAGCUCAAUCCCCGACAGACCAGCAUCCUCAGCCCAGCCGGAUGGGUUGUACAGUCUUCUGCAGACACACUGAAACUUCACCUCUGGCUUUCUGUAUCUGUCUCACACAUCUCACACAAAUACAUUCUUUCUCACACGACA